UUUGCAGUCAGGGCGGGGAAAGGUAGUGGCUGUUAAGAGAGCGUGCCCCCCAGCUGUCAGUCACUACAUGUAGACAAAAAUAGAAAUUAUGCUGUGCCGAAAUGAGUAAUAUCAUGCGUUGGCCCGGACAUCCCUCAUUGUGGAUUCAAUAAACAGAGAGAACAGUGCAAUUUGGCAGGGAGCUAGAAUUGGAGCUGAGAGAGAGCGAGGACGCAGUGUGGGCGGGUUAAGAAACACGGAGAGGGAGGGGACGAAAGCGUUAUAUUCCCAUCGUUUUUCCCACUUCAUACGACGCCUGCCGAAAACAAGGACAUCGGUAUUGAGAUACUAUCAGUUCGUAUCACAGUCUUACAUCAAACUGAGACGUGCACAUUUGAGCAUCUUCAAGAGAUCUGUGUAAGAAAUCCCGUUUCCUGAGCUUUUGAUAUUUUGCGUCGGAGGAGGAUAGCGGAGCUGCAGAGGCGCGGAUGCUACGAGGGUAGCGUUGGGUACCAAAACACCUCACACUCACCACGGUGCCUGGGCCUCCAUAUGUAAAGCACCAUAAAGAUGGACAGAAUGAGUUUUCUCUCCUUCCUCCUCCUUUGCUUGACUUCGGUUGCUAAUGGCAACAAAGCCAAUAAACACAAGCCAUGGAUCGAGACGGAGUACCAGGGUAUCGUCAUGGAGAACGACAACACCGUUCUUCUCAACCCACCACUGUUCGCCCUGGAUAAAGACGCUCCACUGCACUAUGCAGGUGAGAUCUGUGGCUUCCGGGUGCACAAUGGGCCCUCAGGAUCCAGUUCGGUCCAGUUUGAGGCGGUGGUUCUGGACCGCUCGACAGGGGAGGGCCUGAUCCGUUCUAAAGAGCCCCUGGACUGUGAGAGCCAGCGGGAGCACAGCUUCACCAUCCAGGCCUAUGACUGUGGAGAGGGCCCCGAUGGAGCCAACAGCAAGAAGUCCCACAAAGCCACGGUGCAUGUACGUGUGAACGACGUAAACGAGUUCUCCCCAGUGUUCGUGGAGCGUCGCUACGAGGCCUCCGUCCCAGAAGGCCGUCUGUUUGACCGCAUCGUGCGCGUGGAGGCCCUCGAUGCAGACUGCUCUCCGCAGUACAGCCAGAUCUGCUUCUACGACAUCAUCACCCCCAAUGUUCCCUUUGUCAUCGAUAACGAUGGUAACAUUAAGAACACAGAGCCAUUGGAUUCGAAGCGCCAGCGCGUCCACACCUUCUGGGUGACCGCGUUCGACUGUGGCAAGAACCGCGCUCAGGCCGACGCCCAGGUCGUCGUCACGGUCAAACCGUCCUGCAAACCCGGCUGGAUCAGCUGGUCGAAGCGGGUAGAGUAUACCCCCGGGUCAGGCAGCAUUCCCCUGUUCCCCAGUUUGCACCUGGAGACCUGCGAAGAGACUGUGUGGAACAUCCAGGCCACCGUAGAGCUGCAGACUGGCCAUAUUGGGAAGGGCUGUGACCGGGACAGCUACUCAGACCGAUCAGUACGCAGACUCUGUGGUGCUGUGAGAGGUGAAGUGGACUUACUCCCGCCCCCGUCCCCAGCAGCCAAUUGGACCUCAGCCUUGCCCACCCUCCCUUCUUCUGAUUCGUCCCUGGUGUUCUCCUUCAAUGGCUCCACCCACAUUGCCGUGGUUCCUGACUCUGUUGCCGCGGCCGUAUCUGGAGACCAUUUUACCCUCCAGCUGUGGAUGCGAAGGGGUGGGAUCAACACCCAGCCUCCGACUAAUCAGGCCAGAGGAAACCGCAGGGAGGAGGAGACUAUCGUCUGCAGUACUGUCAAGAAUGAUGACUCCUUCUCUCACUACUCUCUCUCCGUUCACGGCUGCCGUCUCUCUCUCUUCUACUGGCCCGACGUCUCCGCUGCGCGGCCCGUGAAAUUCCUCUGGAAACUGGAGCAGGUGUGUGACAGCGAGUGGCAUCACCUGUCCCUCAGUGUCCAGUUCCCCUCUGUGACACUGUAUGUGGAUGGAGUCACCUUCGACCCCGCCCUCAUCCACGACAACGGAGCUAUACCCAACCCUGCCCCACGACAGCGACUGGUCAUUGGCGCCUGCUGGGAGACAGAAGAUAAACAGAAGGACAUCCUUAACAACACCAUCCCUGAGUGGAAAGACACAGGGAAGUACGUGGGUGGUUACCGUGGCCUGUUGUCAGGGGUGACGGUGCGUCCAGGGAGUGUGGAGCCCCACAGUGUGGUGGAGUGUCUGUACGCCUGCAGGGAGGGGCUGGACUUUGGAGACCUAGAGACCUUGGGCUCAGGCAUGAAGGUGCAUGUGAACCCCAGUCAGUCUGUGCUGGUUCUGGAGGGUGAUGACAUUGAGAGCUUCAACAGGGCUGUGCAACAGGUCACCUACAGGAACUCUCUCCGCUUCGCCACCCCUGGAGUCAGGCCACUCAAACUGACCACCUCCCUCAGGUGUUUCAAUGAGGAGAGUUGUCUUACCCUCAGGCAGUUGGAGGGCUACCUGGUGGUCCUUCAGCCUGACGCCCCUCAGAUCUCCCUGUCUGGUGUCGGCCCCCACCUGGCCCGCCCCGCGCCUGAAUUCGAGGGCCCACGUGGUGUACCCCUCUUCCCAGAGCUGAGGAUCGUGUGCUCCCUGUCUCAUGCUGUUAACACAGCCGCUCAGGGCAUGGAGGGAGGAGCUCUGAUGUCAGACGCCGUGGCCCACACUCUGGACGGCUGUGAGGUCCAACCCCUGGGGGAGGAGCUAAACCCAGAGAGGGAGGAGCUCCUGAUGGACAUGGAUGCCCUGAGAGAGAGGGGUCUGGAGAUAAUCAACACCACUGCUUACAUCGCUAUCACAGGAGCUGAGUCCAUCUCCGUGUAUGAGGAUGUCCUUCGGUCCGUCCGUUACCGGCUGGCUAAAGGCUCGGCCCGCUUUGAGAGGCGGUUCCGUCUGUCCUGCUCCGAGAUGAAUGGCAGAUACACCAGCAACGAGCUCACACUGGAGGUGAACUUCCUGCACUCCCUGGACAGUCUGUACCACCCGUCUCACCUCCUGGCCUCCCAACAGCAGUUCCUUCACCCGUCUCACCACUCUGGGGAGCUGAGCGGACACACCCUGCCUAACCCCCACCACAACUCAGUGGUGCCAGGAGCGGCCACAGUCAUCAUCAUGGUGUGCGUGGGCUUCCUGGUUAUCAUGGUGAUCCUGGGAGUGUUUCGAAUCCGCUCCAUCCACCGCCGUGGUGAGGGCGCCAGGGGAGGGUCUAAGGAGGAUAGCGGCCAAUGGGAUGACUCUGCCCUCACCAUCAUCGUCAACCCCAUGGAGUCCUAUGAGUCUCGAAUGGGCAUCUCAGCCGACACCGAAGGUGAGGGGGAGGAGGACGAGGAAGUGGUAGAGUCGCCCGAUGACGCCAACGACGACCAGCGAAUCAUCAUCAUCAAGAAAGAGGGCAGAGACAGCAACCCCCGUCGCUACUAAGCCAAUCGCCUCGCUCUCUCUGGAAGCACCCAUUACUAUGGAAACCACAAAACGUCUCGCCACUCACACACUCUUCUCAACGCGUUUAAAUAUCGAAAACUGCUGACACCUCUAGUCUAUGGAAUGUAAACUCAAACGCACACUGUAUUACCGCAACACCACAGCACCAUUAGUGAUCUAUAGCCAAUAACAGAGCAUUGAAUCUUUCACCACGUAAAUGUUCUACAGCACAAUAUAUACAGUAUACUCUAAUCGCCUGACCAAAACAACCAACAAAAAUUGUAUGUGGUGCACUAAUUCCUAACUCACAGGGAAUCGACAUUGUCCUGGAAGUCUGAAUGACACAGGCCAGACCGUGGCUACAACUUAGUUGUGAAGUUAAGAUUGUAUAUGUUUUACUAUCUCUAUAUCACACUUCAGACACCUUUGCCACCACACAAAAUGAGUAUUGAAGCAAUCGAUUCACACACAGCCUUGUGUAGGUCCCUCACACAUAGACACAAGCCCUGAUCCUGACGCUAUCCCACACACCUCUAGAUUUAAUGUAGUCGUUUUUUUACAUACUCUGUAUGACGUGCUUCAUAUACUGUAUGUGAUGUGCUAAAUUAGAUAAAAUAAAUUGUUCACGCAAAAGUGUAGAUUUUCAGAACUUUCCUUUUGUCAGGGUAGACUUUUAAAUGUAAAAUCGUAUUGGUUGGUAGAACCCUUUCAUUGUAAGGUUUUACAAGACAACCAAACAAGCUGCCGAUAAGGGCAUAGAGUAACCUUGUGAUGUCACUCUGUGACCUCUGACCCUUACCACAACCCCGUGACCCCCACCACACCAUUGCACUCUCACCACCCACCGCUCUCGUAACAACCUCACUACAACAACGACACACACACCACAACACCCGCUGUAUCCAGAAUGUCAGCUCAGCUUGGGCAGUUUUGAUUGUAUUAAAUUUUCUGUACAUACAAUUAUUGAUAUUAUUGUUAUUGCAGUCAACGCUUGCUCUCUGUCUGUACUCUUAAAGAGGGAGCUGCAUAUACAUAUUAUUUAUUACCAAUUAUAUUGUUUUAUCAUUUGACCAACUAUUGUAUAUUUCUAAGGUUACACCAUCAGAAUACGAGUAAUAAUAAUAAUAGUAGUGGUAAUAAGGAUGAUGAUUCCUGGCUUGAUGAGUGUAUUCAUUUGUGUGUUGAAUUGUUGUAAUUAAAAAUAUUGUUCAUAUCUGAAUCACAGUAAAUGGAGGGCACAUUGUGAUAAAUAGCUACUCUGUCACCUCUCUCACCUUUCUCUCUCAUACCUUCCUUCUUUCACACCUCCCUAGAAUAUUCUCAAAUCGUUCUCUUUUCCUUAUCUCCUCUUUCCCUCUUGUCUUUUUCUUUUCAUGCCGGUCCCCACCAUCUCUUUGGUUUAUUGAAUGUACCACCUCCCUCCAUCCCUCCUUCACCCUUCCUCCCUCUGUUUUAUUGCUGUCUGUCUGUGUGUCAAUGUGCAGUGAUAAACCUGUCAGUAAAUAAAGCCUGUUGUUUUUCAGUGUAAUAUUAAGAAUGGAAUAAAAAUUACAUGAAUUACUUAUAUUAUUACUAUGGUUACUAUUGGGACAUUAACUGUAAUUAUUGAUACAAUGAUAACAUGGAUUAUGAAGAUUAUUGCUAUUGAUAACUGUCUGAAAACAUUUCAAAGUUCAUAAUAAAACACUCUGAUGACGUCUAAA